GAGAGUAAGAGGAGGGAGAGAAGAGUGAGAGGGGCAGGGCAGCUUGGAGUUGGCGGGCACGCAAUCCACCUCCCAGUCUACAACGUGAGUGAGAGGUGCCUACACCCCGCCAUGCGUCUCUACACCCCGGCCAAGCCAUCGUCAUCCGGGGGGGACGAAACCGAACGAGACACAACCACCAUAGCACGUCGAGAGAAGCACUUCCCUUACGACUCACGACCACAACACCGCACGACCGAGAACGACAAGCCACGGGACGACAAACUACCUGAAGACACCACCGCCACCACCACCACGACCACUCUACAGGACUCAAUUCCCUUCAAGACGCCGCUCAAGGAACUCAAUGGCAGGGAACACAGCAACCACACAAGCAAGCAGAACGGCACAGCGGCACACGAGCUUAGUCCCACGCUGCUACAGAAUGGAGCGGACACUCUUUGCUCUCUGGAUAGCGUCCCCUGGAACCUGGAUGGGAUCGAGACUAUUAAAGAGAACGGGUGCAAGACGCUUCUAGGCAAGUGGGCCCUGGAGGAAAACGGAGAGGAUGCCCACGGGUUGCCUGAGGAAGAUGAGCUCAACGCGGUCAAAGAAGAGAAUAAUAAGCUGAAGGUUGCACUGAAGGAGGCCACUGAGGUGAACGGGCAGUGGCGCCAGUACCACGAGCAGAGGCAGCAGUACGUGCAGCGCCUCCUCACCACACUUCACGAACUGCAGCACCCACGAACAGCCGCCCACUCUCCGCGACAGCAACUGGAGGUGGACCAAGGGGGCCCUGAGGGGGAGGCGCGGAGGCUGCAGGAGGCGCUGACGAAGCUGCAGGCGGACCACGACGAGCACGUGACGCUCCUCGAGAUGCAGGUUCGGGCACACCGGGACGACUGGGAGGCGGAGCGGAGUGAGAAGCAGGCCACCCAAACAGCCCUGGCGGAGGCGCAGGCCAGAACAGCUCUCCUUCUUCAGGAACUCCAGCUGCUACAAGCUAAGCUGGCGGACAGUGAGAGCAAACGCGGCCUGUGUUGGCGAUGUGCCGGACCUUUGGGCGGCGAGUCCCACAGCGCCUCGCCCAGCACCCAUGCCUCCCCAGUGCCAGCCCCGAACGUGCCCUCGCCCUCCCCCGCACCCAACGCCUCCCCGACCCCACUGCAGGAGGCUCCCCAGGCGCCACUGAAGGGUUGGAUCCCUGUCUCCAUGCUGCACCAGAUCGCGUUCAGCGGCGGCGCGACACCUGAGCACCAGACACCAGUAUCCCAACGACCUCUCACACCCUCCCGCGGCCAGUCACACCACCACCACCACCAUCACCAUCACCACCACCAGCAGCGACCCAACAGCCUCAGCACAAAGCAAGCAGAGGGCGGACUAGAGGGUGGCAAAGAGUCUAAAGUCCCCAGCCCUCGCAGAACUCCCUCCCGUGACAAGACCCCCGCGUCUAUGGAGACUGAUGACCGGAAGAAGUACGAGGCGAUGGGGGCGCGUCCUAAGGUGCUGGGGAACCUACAGAGUGUGAUUGGCAAGGAGGAGGAGCUGAUAGAGGAUGAAAAAAGCGCCAAACACAGAGCCCGAUCUAUCCUGGCCAGCGCCCUUCCUGUCUCCCCUGUGUCCGGGAGUCCCACCACUCCUUUCGGCGUCACCAAAAGUCCCUCCACUCCCAGCACGCCCAAAGGUUACGUGCCCAUCACCUCCACUGUCCUAACUCCCGUCAAUUUCCGUCCUCCGUUCGUUGGAAAUAAAAGACCCUCACAAAUCAAGCAGAGUAAUCUACAGAACAACAACAUCACCACCACCACCACCGCUGCAACCACCUCCACCGUGACGCAAUCCCGCUCCUCCACAUCCUCCACCGCCACUACCAGCGCAGCCUUGACCACCGCCACCACCACCACCACCGUCAUCAGUGCAAGUCGCAGCAUCACGACCCCAAGCAGACAGUCCACCAUCUCCAGUACUUCCGAGUCCCCAGGCACCGUCCACACCGCCGCUCCCACCACGGACGCCUCUAAGACCUCCACGCCUCAUGAAGGUAAAGUCAAGAGUCACAGCAGAGGGAGCAGGACGCAAGUCAAAGGAGGAACUCAGGAUCGAAAGAAGUCCACUACCAGCGCCUCUUCAGCUGCCGCCGCCGCCACCACCAUCACCACCACUACACACCCCACCACCACCUCCACCUCACAUGCAAACACCGCGAGCCUCACCAACACUACUACAGUCUCGCCUUCUUCCUACACUACCACCACCACCACUACUAUUCUCUCGUCUUCCAGUUCCACGCCUUCCUCUUCCUACAGUGUCUCCUCAGCCAACAGGAAAAGCGAGCCUGUGUCUUCAAGGAGUGCUAAUCAGUCUGCCGGAGACAUUGUCGCUAACGCUGUCCUGCAAGCAGCCACAGGCAAUCGCAGCGCUUCCUUUAUCGCCACCACCGCCGUCAGCCCGUCCGUCGCCUCGUCAAGUGGCCAUAGUAAAUCUCACGACGGCACCAGUAACAGCAAGGGAAGGAGCGGAGCCUCUCGAGCUUCCCACAAGGCUGCCAAGUCACCCUCUCCUCUUCCUGAAGUGUUUACCAAUAUCACCACCACCACUACUAUGACCACAGAAGGACAGCUCCACCCAGAGGCGGCCACCACCACGCAUUCCUCUGCCACCAACAGUACAGCUUUCGCCGCUAUCACAGUCACCUCCACCGCCUCCAGUGUGCAUGUGCCCGCCUCACCAACAGCUUACUCCUCCACGCCUUCCUCCCGCUCCUCCUCGCCAGGCAUCUCCCUCACAACCUUCGGCCUCAACUCCGAGGGCCGCGGCAUCCCAGGGGCGAUCUUCUUUGCCCUCAGCCCAGAGCAGCGAGGAGCGCGCAGCCCCCAGCUUGGUGUAUCCUCCAGACGAGCCUCAACUUCCUCCUCGGGCACACACAGCCACACCCCUGACCCAUCAACAGGGGGCCAUGGCCCCGACGGCCGUCCUCCAGCAGGAAUGAAAAGUCCCCCAGUGGCCCCGAACAGACCCCCCACACCCUCCACCGUGAAGGAAGAACAGCCAUCGUCAGUAGAGGGCGGGAAUCGAGGCAGUUCAAACAGCAGGCAGCAACAGACGUCAGGAAAACUGGUCAAUUCCACCUGGGUGAAGCUGAUGGGCAGUAGGGUUGAUGGCCGCCAGAGCUCUGGGCUGCCGUGGCGCACAGCUCGAGCCGUGUCCGGCCAGACACUCAAGCAAGCACGACGCACACCAACAGAGGACUCAACAGGCGACCCCGGCUCCCCUGGAAGCAUGUCUUCCACAGCCACCUUUAGCUACACUCCUGCCGUCAACUCCCCCCCGUCCUCCGCCACCAGCUCGGCCGCCUCCUCGCCCCUGCCCGCAGUCAACCAAAGGGAUGACCUCAAGUCCAUGGCCUCUAAGAAUAUUGCCUCCGCCAUCAUGAGCUACGAGCUGAGCACCAAGUGUGAGAGCACAGGAGGCGGCGCCUCUACGCCAGCCAACUGCCCCGACGGCGUGGACACCCUUACGCGUCAAGAUCUUGUCUGUCCUUCUUGCCAAAUGCUCUUCCCUCCAGACAAACACAUUCUCUUCCUAGACCACUUUGAAGCCUGCCGCGGCCCUGCCUAUGCCGACCUGUAGCGCCGCCCGGCAGGCCACACACGGUCCGCUACAAGUGUCUCACCGCCCACCGCGGUCUCCGUCUCUUAUUGUGAACGUCCACUACUCUACUUACAUUCCUUGUGUAUAUUUCCUACGGUAACUGAGGCUCCAGGCCAGGCUACGUUAAACACUGUGCUGCCCCGCGCCCACACACUCACCACGAGGAUCCUAUCAAGAUACGUGAGCGGGGCGUCAAAGCACACACACACACACACACACACACACACACACACAGACGGCAUUUGUCACUCAAGGUUUACUUUACUGUUAAGGCAUUAGCUCAGUGUGUGUAUAUAUAAGGUAUUUUGUAUAUACCUCUAUAGAUGUAUCUAUUUGGGUGGAUGUAUAUUCUGAUCGAUGGUUGAAUACAUCAGCAAAAUGAUAAUGUACAUGUGUUGAAAGUAUUACGUAUAUUUACGAACAAAUUUGUAUGACUAAAAAUAACACUGGUAAUUGUUA